AUGGGGAAGAUUCAUUAUUCAAAACAAUCGGAUAAUAGUACGAAAUCGUGCAAGGCGAGAGGUUCGGAUCUACGUGUCCACUUUAAAAAUACCUAUGAAACGGCUCAAGCAAUAAAGCAUAUGCCGUUAAAAAGAGCAAUUCGUUUCUUGGAAAAUGUGAAGGAGAAAAAAGAAAUCGUUCCAUUCCGGAAAUUUAAUCACUGUGUUGGGCGCAAAGCACAAGCAAAAGCUUGGGGACAUACGCAAGGAAGGUGGCCGAAGAAAUCCGCUGUUUUCCUUUUGCAGUUACUUCGGAAUGCAGAAAGCAACGCUGAAUAUAAGGGACUUGAUACGGAUCACCUGGUUAUUGACCAUAUCCAGGUGCAGCGUGCACCAAAAAUGCGGCGAAGAACUUAUCGUGCCCACGGACGAAUUAAUCCAUAUAUGUCGUCGCCGUGUCACAUUGAGGUAAUUUUGGCAGAAAAAUUAGAAAUUGUCUCAAAACCAUUUGAUGAUGUUGAGAAAGUGAAAAAAGAAUCCAAAAAGAAACAAAAACGUAUCUUAGCUCGUGGCGAUUUUUAA